AUGGAAUAGAUAUUAGUAUUUACUUAAUAGAAAAAUCUCGGAAGACUUGAAUAGAUCUAUCAAUCUCUUAAGGUAACACACCAUGUUUUGAACUACAAAACUCUUCUUGGAAUUCAAAGAUAGGAAAACUUUUUAUUAGGAUAAAGUUCAAGAAUAACUUGCUUACAAGUGAAUUCUAUUUAUUUUUUUUACAACAUACAAAUGAAUUGUAUGGCAGUUAUGUACAACCCCUUCAAACCUCGCUUCUAUAUGCAUCCUCAAAAGAGGUAUCAAAUGAUUGGCACCAAAAAUUCAGUGAUCAUUUGCAUUGAAGUGGUAAAUGGGUAGGUGUAGUUCAUCAAAGCUUUACUCAAUGAAGGAGAACGAUAGAUAAAAUAUGGCUCUGUGCUGGCAAUUCAAUGUUUGGAAAAAGUCUAUGUUGGUUGGUUUGAGAAUUGA